AUGUCGACGGAAAAAUUCAAGAGCAUUGCCAAGAAGUAUGCUUCCUUCAUCGGCCCAGGGAUCAUGAUCUCAGUGGCAUAUAUGGACCCUGGUAAUUACUCCACGGGUGUCGUUGCAGGUGCCAAUAAUAGAUUCUCGUUGCUAUUCUUCGUUCUCGUUUCCAACUUCAUGGCUAACUUUUUGCAAUCUUUGUGUAUCAAGUUGGGUACUGUCACUGGCUAUGACUUGGCUCGUUGCUGUCGUGAGUAUCUCCCCAAGAAGCUCAAUUACGUUUUGUGGUUUUUGGCUGAAUGCGCCAUUAUUGCGACCGAUGUAGCUGAGGUCAUUGGUUCCGCUAUUGCAUUGAAUAUUUUGCUUAGAAUUCCCCUUCCUGCUGGUGUCGUUAUCACCAUCGUGGAUGUUUUGGUUGUUCUCGCAGCGUACCGAUCAGACCAACCCCUGGCUAACUUUAUCCGAUUCUUUGAGUAUGCUGUGGCUCUCUUGGUUUUGGGAGUUGUGGUCUGCUUUGCUGCAUUGUUGGCGUACUUGCCUGAAGACUCUGCUCCUGUGGGCACUGUUUUCAGAGGUUUUGCACCUUCGAAAGAAAUGACCAAACACGGCGGUCUCGGAAUUGCCACUUCAAUCAUCGGUGCCACGGUAAUGAUUCACUCUCUUUUCUUAGGCUCGGGCAUUGUCCAGCCUCGCCUCAGAGAGUACGACUUGAAGCACAAGAAUCUCAUCGAACCCGCAGAAAAGGAUUUAGUAUCGAAAGAGAAGCUCAUCGAGUACAUCGAAAAUGACUACAAGCCGCUGUUCGCAGCAAUUAAAUAUUGUUACAAGUACUCCGUUAUUGAGCUUGUGGUGACACUCAUGACCUUUGCUGUCUUUGUCAAUGCGUCAAUUGUCAUUGUCGCUGGUGGGUCUCUUUAUGGAACUCCCCAGGCAGCUGACGCCGACUUAUAUGCUAUUCAUGAUUUAUUACUGAAGGUCUUGGCUCCGGUUGCAGGAACAAUCUUCAUGUUGGCAUUGUUGUUCUCUGGUCAGAGUGCUGGUAUUGUGUGUACGAUUGCAGGCCAAAUGGUGAGUGAGGGCCAUCUCAACUGGACCUGCAAGCCCUGGAUCAGAAGAUUGGCAACUAGAGGUAUUGCUAUUAUUCCUUGUCUUGUGAUCUCGCUUUGCAUUGGUCGUCUGGCCUUGAACGCUGCCCUCAAUGUCUCUCAAGUUGUUAUUUCUCUUCUCUUGCCGCCACUUAUGUUGCCCCUUAUCUACUUCACAAGCAGCAAGAAGAUUAUGCGUGUGGAAUUAUCUAAGGAAGAGAUGACUGAAACCUCCAACGGAACGACUGAGGACAUGACUGCCAACGUGGAAGAUUGCAAGCGCUACCACCAGAUGGAAAACUCUUGGUUCACCACAGUGAUGCUUGUUCUCGUGUGGCUCUUUGUUUCUGGGUUGAACAUAUACUCUAUAGUGGAUAUGGCUCGCUCCGGUAUUUAUCUGGCCUAG